CAAGAUAUAGCAAUUGGGAUGCACUGCGAGACAACAUAAUAUAUACGAAAACUUGUUUUAUUUAUAUAAUAUUAGCUUUGAGGUGAAAAAUAAAAUUAAUAAAAAUGGCCCAGGCAGUCAAAAUAGAGGACCGGACAUCGAUCAUGAGCUCCCCAAAAAAGGCAUAUGAUUUCUUCAAAUAUGAUCUUAAGGAUAUGAACAAAGUUGCUCCUCAGCUGUUCAAUAGUGCUAAAGUUGUUGAUGGAAAGGCAGGGCAGCCUGGGGGUACCAUACAGUACGAACUCUUUGUUUUUGGUGAGAAAAUAACUAUAAAGUUGAAGGCUGAGAAAAUAGAUGAUGCGAAGAGGUCGAUAACCUUUGGAGUGGUGCAAGAAAAUAAGAAUGAUAAGAACACAGCUCUAAUGAUCAAGGUGACCGUCAACAAUGGCAACAUCACUUGGAGUCUACAGUUUGCGGAUUCUAAGGAAGUGUCUGAGGAUGUCACUAAUAUAAUUAAGGGUGUAAUUGACCUUAUCAUCAGAGCACUUGAUAUCUACCUUCAGUUCUCUUUUUGAGGGAAGGGAAUUCAAGUUCAACAUAUAUUUAUAUUUAUAUACAUAAGAUGAGAGAAGCCAUGCAUGGAUUAUUGGUGAUGAGUAUGUAAUAAAUAAUAAAGGCAGUUUGUUUGUGGUGUUGCCCAAUCAAAUAAUGUAUGCAUUAUAUUAUAUAAUCACCAAUAUUAAAUAA